UUUCACGAACAACUCAAGCGUUUAUACUUACUGGUGCACGUGUAGAGGAGAAGUUUAGCUGUAAGACAUGGUGUGACAACCUACCCGUCACUGUGGCGGUGGUGAGUCACAGAAGGGCAAGUUUACAUCUAACAAGUCCCAGAAAAAAAGAUGUCCUACAAUAAUGAUGAUGAAGAUUGGAGCUCUAGCAGUGAAUUUGACAGUGAGGAUGAAGAAAUGGAUUAUGGUUUGUAUGCUCAGCUAUACUUUGAACCCAACCUAGAAGCUACAUAUGCUAGUACAAGUAGUCAGGUUGACCAUGGAAUUUCACUGGAAGAAACUUUUGAAAAAAAUAUUAAUGGAAUCACUGAUAGUAGUGAGACAUCUUUAUUGGCAAAGGAGGAUAAGAAUAAGCCCCAACAAGGGGAUAAAACAUGUAUGUCAAAUCACCCAAGUCAGUUCUGUUUAUCUGAAGAAUCAAAUGCUCCUUGUAGCAAAGUUCCACAAACACAAGCACGAAAAGAGCGAGACAGAUUGUCAAGUAUAUGCAGUGAGGGCAGUAUCCCAGGGCAUAUACCCUUAGAUGACCUUUACUGCAACAUAAUUACUAUUGAUGAUGAUGUAGAUAUUGAGGCAGAUACAAGUAAUAAGUUAUCAAUAUUGGAUAGAAAUACAAUAAGUCAAAACGAUGGACAUGAGUCUAGAAGGAAGUCGAAGAGGAAGAGGAAUGACGAGGGUGAUUCUGACGAGUGUGUGGAGGAGGAGUCAAGAUGUGAUAGUUUGGUGUUAGCAGAACCAAACAGUGCUGGAACAACUAUAUCAAAGCGAAAAUUUAAUUUGGUAGAUGACUGUAUUAAUUUUGACAGUGAUGUUUAUGCAUGUACACCACCAAGGCCAAAGGUGUAUGAAAUUGUAACUUUGUCAUCAGAUGCUCAAAGUGAAUCAGAUGGAGAAGUCACAGUCAGAACAAAGACAUCAGAGGCAGGGUGUUCUCUGGAUCAGCUUACAGAAGAAACUUUUAUUAAUAACCCCAAAAGGGCCAGAGUGGUGCAAAACUCAAUAAAUAAUACAACAAAAAAUUAUAUGAGAGCAACUGUACGCACGCAUUCAGCCCUUAAGAUCGAUGAAGUAUUACUAAGCUCAGACGAUGAUAGUGAUUCUGAUAUUAGUGUGUUAGACCUGAAAAACAGCCCAAAUCUCACCCUGAAUAUUGAUACACAGUUAUCCACUUUGUUACAAGACUUGGCUGAAGAUGAUAAUGGUGUCAACGAACAACACAAGUUAACUAAAAAGAAUUGCAGGUUAUCAUUACUUCCUCAAACCAUUGAUUUUUCAAGAGGUCGACUUGACACAAGAAAAAAGUCAACCUGUGACCACUGGACGCAGGAGAUGGUCAACUUCUAUGACUCAGAUGUCUCAGAAGAUUUAGAAAUAAAACAAGUACAUCAGCAACAAACAAAUGCAAAGUCUUCCUGGGGUAUUAUCUCAUCAGAUUAUCUGAUCAAACAUAGUAGGAGGUACUAUGAUGCUCAAGUUAGAUGUACUCGGUGUAAACAAUAUGGGCAUAUGGUUAAGGAAUGCCCCAGAGUUCCUCAUUGUCACCUUUGUUCUGGGACAGACCAUAUCUAUCGACAUCAAUGCCCCGACAACUGUUGUUUUAGAUGUGGUGGAAAUCCUCAUAUGUUUUGUCCUGACACAGCCAAUUCAUUGACAUGCAGUUUGUGUGGAUAUAAAGGCCAUCGGAAGGAGCUCUGUCCUGAUCUGUGGAGAAGAUUUCACAACACAAUUUCAGGGGAAGUGCCAGAACCUCCACCUAGAACCAAAACCCGGCCUACAAGGGAUAGAUUUUGUUACAAUUGUGGCAAGAGGGGACAUUACGGCCAUAACUGUCCAAAAUCCUUUCAGAACCAUUUCUACCUGAAAGUUCCCCAGUCUGUCAUCAGCUACUCCUCUCCCACCAGUCUUAAGGAUGGAUCGUCGGUUGUUAGUAGUGAAGGACCACAGAUCAUGGAAUACGAUAUAAUCAAGUUUCCAAUCAAAGACAAAGAAGAUGAAAGACUAUUAGAACAGGGAGGUGUGAUCACUAAAGAAAUGGAUAGUCACUCUGGUGUAAAUGUACACAUUGACUCUCAGGCACACUGUGCUAAGAAGGAACCUGCAGUCACGAUUCCAAUCAAAGCCAAAGAAAUUGGAAGGCUAUUAGGACAGCGAGGUGUGAUCAUGAAAGAAAUAAUGAGGCGCUCGGGUGCAUAUCUGCACAUUGACUGUCUGCUGCCCAAUAAAAAGGUCUUUAUAUAUGGAAGUAGUGAAGCAUGCUGUGCUGCUCAGGAAAUGGUUGAAGUUUUAUUGGGUCAGAAGCCUUUUGCAGGAUUAGAGGAUUUUAUUAGCUUUGUGUCCAAGAACCAGAGCUCUGCUAUACCUCUGACUGGAGGUUAUGUUCAAAGUCUUAAGCAAGCAAGGAAGGAAAAGAGGCAAAUUAAGAAAACAACUUAUUCCCCAUUACAAUUCAAUUAUCUUCUACAGAUUUGUGGAAGUAAGAGCAAAUUUUUAAAAACGUUAAGGCAAAACCUUAGCAGCUUAAAAAAUGUCAAUCCAGAUAUAGGUCACUCACUUAUCAAGCUUAAGGAAAUCCAGACAGCACUGAAACAAAAGCAUGUAAUACCUUAUGAGAACUCCAUAAAAGAAAUGAUGAGGCAAGUUUCUUGUGUUGUCGUUGGUGCUGAGAAAUAUACUUAUGGUCAACUUAGGAAUCUGAUGAUGAAGAUUCAGAAAAGUAAAAACAAUUGCAUUUCAGAAGAUAUGUGUUCGAAAAUUGCAUUUAAACUGGGUAACAUUUAUUCACCUCAUCUGGGACAGCUUGACGAACUCAUAGAGUUUGGAACUCGGUUUGAACAAUCACGUCUUGAUAAAAGUAAAAAUGAAGGGAAUAAAACUAAGAAAGUUAAAAAACUGAAAGCCAAGAUACUUAAAGAUGGAGAGACAAUUCAAACCAAUCAAGGAAAUGUUAAGAAAAAGAAAACCAGUAAAAAAGUCAAAGUGACCACAGGUAAAAAGGUCAAAGUAACCACAGGUAAAAAUGACAAAUUUAAGAAACGAAGGCUGAGGAAGAAAGAACGAAAAGGAAAAGGUAAUAUUCUGGAAGAAAACUGGACAAUGGAGAAUGAAGGUGGAACUGGGACAACAAAUAAAAAUGACCAAAAAAGUAUAGAAAGUAAGGGAAAGGCAAAUCAGAAAGUGAAACCACCUACAAAGGGUGAUGCAAAGAAAAAGGGAAAUAGAAAACAGAAGAAGAAAAUAAUAUGCUGGAAGUGUGAACAAGUCAAGUACAUUCGGAACGGGUGCAAGUGUAAAAAACUCCAGGGCCAUGUUAAAGGUACUAAACAAACAGCGCAAAAUGACAAUCCUAAUACGAAUGUGAUGUUUGGAGAUCAGUAACCCAAAUUUUGCUUAUUCUAUUUGACCCUUUAGUUCCCAGAUACUCAGAAAUGCUUAAAGGAAUAAGGGAAUUAUGCCCAGUUGUAUGUGUACACUGUACAGAGUGUAAUGUUAUACAAUAUACAGUAUCCUGUUGUGACAAUAAAGUUUAUAUCGGCA